AUGGGAUCGUUACUUUCGCGCUUGAAAGGAAAACUGUUCGGGACGCGUGAACUGCGCGUGUUGAUGCUAGGGCUCGACAAUGCUGGCAAGACAACUAUUUUGUACAAACUCAAGCUGCGGCAAAGCGUGAAGACAAUUCCUACGGUGGGAUUCAACGUCGAAACGAUCUCAUACCGAAAUAUUAAGUUCAAUGUCUGGGAUGUUGGUGGGCAAGAUAGUAUUCGACCUUUAUGGCGCCACUAUUAUACAGGCACACAAGGGCUCAUCUAUGUGGUCGACAGUAGGGACCGAGCGCGAAUUGAUGAAGCUCGAGAGGAACUACAUCGGAUCUUAUCAGACCGAGAAAUGCGACACUGUGUCUUACUUGUAUUCGCGAACAAACAGGAUCUAGCAGGCGCGAUGUCUCCUCAGGAACUCACAGACAGGCUUGGACUUCAGGCUAUGCAGUCACGCCCGUGGUUCGUGCAUCCAAGUUGUGCAAUGAGUGGCCAGGGGCUCUCAGAGGGGCUUCAAUGGCUGAGUCAAAACAUUCACGAUCCUGCUGCAUGA